UACGCGUAUUCGUGGCAAAAGAUUAUUACCCAGUGUUUCUCCAAUGUAGGCCCACGUUUGAGCAAUAAAGUUUUUUGAAUUGUGUUUAUUGUAAUGUAAUAUAUCAGCACAAUGUCAAAACGAUAUUAUCGCAUUAAAAAAAAUCGAGCAUUGAAAAACUUCCCUGAUCCUCACGUUUUAGUGCCGGAAAAAAAUAUACAAAUUCCAGAAACAGAAAUAUACGAUGAUCGUAAGCGUGAGAAAAAUGAGAAAAGUUUUUCUAUUAAUACAGAUCGCAAUAGUGACGGUGACUGCAGUGAAAAAAGUUUGGAAAAUCAUCAUGAGGAAAUUGAUAUGAAUAUGAGCCCCGAUUGCAGUGGUCAAAACAGCGGAAACAGUAAUCAAAACAGAGCAUUUGGAGAUCAUUUACGCGACGGCAAUAGUACUAAUAAUGAAAGCAUACAUAGCGAAGAUGAACAAAGUGAGCAACGGUACGACGAAAAUCAAAUUUCGUUCGAAGACAAAUUAAGAAUGUUCGCACUAAAACAUGCGAAAACGUUGAGACACAAUGUUUUAACCGAUUUGUUACGGCUUUUACGAUCUGAAGGAUAUAGUAACCUUCCACAAACGGCAAAAACUUUAUUGGGAAACGUUUCUUGCACCAAUAAAAAGACAAUGAUUAGCCGAAAGGAAACCGAAGGAAGCUUCGUAUAUAUUGGUAUAAAAAAUCAAUUGAAAAAGACAAUCUUACCGGAAAUAUACAAAGAUAGUCAUAUUAAAGUUUUCGUGAACAUUGACGGUGUACAAUGUUAUAACAGCUCCAAUAAACAGUUUUGGCCUAUAAUAUGUAAAGUUUAUCAUGAAAACUUUGAUAUUUUACCGUUUGUUGUGGCGAUUUAUUUAGGAGACUCGAAGCCGAACGAUGUUGAACACUUCAUGACAGAUUUUAUUUCUGAAGCCGAAGACUUGACUCAAAAUGGAGUUGUGCUCAACGAUAAGAAAUAUACAUUCGAAAUUGCAGCAAUGAUUUGUGAUGCUCCAGCACGAGCGUAUAUAAAGUGUUGCAAGAACGCUACCGGAUUUUUCGCAUGUGAAAGAUGUGUUGUAAAAGGAAUCACAAUUGAGAAUAAACGUGUGUACCCUGAAAUUUAUUGUCAGCAGCGCACGAAUGAAUCUUUCCGUAUGCACACAGGCGGCGAUCAUCAUUUGCCAAAUCUCUUGUCGCCACUAUUACGUCUUACAGAUUUCGAUAUUAUUAAAGGAGUGCCAUUGGACUCGAUGCAUUUACUGCUUUUAGGCGUCAUGAAAUUGCUUUUAGAGAAGUGGACACAGGGAAAAAGUCGGCAACGUCUAACACGAGCGCAGUUGAACCUUUUAAAGCAAUUACUGGAUUUAUUGAAAGGUUCAGUACCUGCUGAAUUCCAAAGAAAAAUAUUUGAAAUACGCGAAGUGGCAAAAUGGAAAGCAACGCAAUACAGGACCAUACUGCUGUAUGUUGGUGCAGUGGUUCUUCGUGACGUAUUGCCACAUAAAUAUUAUCAACAUUUUCUGCUGCUGGUAGUGGCAAGUCGUAUUCUUUCCAGUAAAAAACUUGCUGUGCCGUAUGCGGAUUAUGCGAAUAUCUUACUACGAGAAUUUGUAUCCCUAAUGCCAUCAUUAUAUGGACCAGGCUCACAGGUGUUGAAUGUCCAUAAUUUAAUUCAUAUUUCGGACGACGUAAAACACUUCAAAUUGCCACUAACCGAAAUCUCGGCGUUUUGGGCAGAAAAUUUCUUGGGGCAACUUAAAAAAUUGAUACGAACUCCGAAAUAUCCCUUAAUUCAGGUGGUAAAACGACUAACGGAAGUCGAUUGUCUGCCCGGCCAAAAAAUACGUAUUCGAAAAAAAUGUAAUAGCAUGGUUCUCGAAGGGGCCGUUAUUAAAGGAGUUAUGGUGGGAGAAAUGCUUAUUAAAUCAAAACGACCAGAUAAUGUUGUAGAAUUAAAAGACGGAAAAUUAAUGAUAAUCAACAACAUUGUGGAGAAAAAACAGAAUGAUUUAACGAAUGAGCAGAGUAGAAAAUUUGCUGUGGAAGGAUUUCCGGUAAUAAAAACUGGUGAUCUGUUCUCUCGCCCAGAUUCAUCUCAGAAAUUUGGUUUCAAGGAGAUUCUGGAAGUUUCCGACAAAUCAAUCGUCGUGCCUAUAGAAGAAAUCUAUUACUCCCGAUACGAGUACGUGUUGAAGCAUCGGCGCCCAUUUCUUCGCCAACGUAAGCCCUCCGUAGAAAAUCGUCGGCUUUCUUCGUUUCUACCGAUAUGCGCCCAUUAA